AUGAACUUCUCAUAUCCGGACGUUAAAAGUAUCGGCCUUGGAGGCGGAUCUAUCGUGCGAGAGCAUGAUGCUGGAACCACGGUCGGCCCUGACAGUGUAGGUUACAAGAUCCAGACAGAGGCUCUUGUGUUCGGUGGCAAUGUUGCUACAACCACCGACUAUACGGUCGCAGGAAACGGGAACAUUACCAUUGGUGAUCGCAGCCAGGUGCAACACUUGUCGCCAAGUGGCAUUUCUUCGUUCAAAGCCAAAGUAAAGGCAAUGCUGGAAAAGGUCGUCGAUACUAUGAAGACAUCGCCAGAAGAUCUGCCUGUGUUAUUAGUUGGUGGCGGAGCUGUUAUAGCUCCUGACGAGCUGAUUGGCACAAGUCGUGUUAUCAAGCCAGAGUACUCUGGAGUAGCCAACGCAAUUGGUGCCGCGAUAGCAAGAGUCAGCGCUGUGAUCGAUACAGUCAAGUCCACUGAAUCAAGAAGUGUCGCCGACCUGGUUGCACAGAUCUCGAAAGAGGCCAUGCAGAAAGCUGUCGAGUCUGGAGCAGCACAAGACUCUGUCAAGAUUGUCGAGGUGGAAACACUACCGUUACCAGUGAGUACUACCCAAGGCUGA